AUGUCGACAACUGAGGAGACGCCCAUCAAGCAAGAGCCCGUCGAGGCGGCUCCUGCGCAAGAAGCCCAAGAACCCCAAGAGAGCUCACUCGAACAAGCUCAGGCCGACGGCAGCGGUCCACCAGGAAAUGGCUCUGCCUUGGCUGAACCCGAGUUCAAGGUUGAGGUCAAGCUUGCCGACUUGCAGGCGGACCCUAACAACCCGCUGUACUCCGUCAAGUCGUUCGAGGAGCUAAAUCUCUCCCAGGAACUUCUGAAGGGCAUUCGCAACAUGAACUUCAGCAAGCCUUCCAAAGUUCAGGAGAAAGCUUUGCCUCUGCUCCUGAUGGAGCCGCCUACCAACAUGAUCGCCCAGUCGCAGUCGGGAACUGGCAAGACCGCCGCCUUCUCACUCAACAUCCUCUCCCGUGUCGACUUGUCCAACCCUCGGCCGCAAGCGUUGGCGCUCGCGCCUAGUCGAGAACUCGCUCGCCAAAUUCUCGGAGUCAUUACACACAUGGGUCAAUUUAUGGAAGGCCUCACGACUAUGGCUGCUAUUCCCGACCCCUCACGAAGGGGACAACAAUUCGACGCCCAAAUUCUCGUUGGCACUCCCGGCACUGUUCAGGAUAUGCUGAGGCGGCGUCUCAUCAACAAAGAGAGCAUCAAGAUUUUGGUCUUGGACGAGGCCGACAACAUGCUGGACCAGCAGGGCAUGGGCGAGCAAUGUACUCGUGUCAAAUCACUUCUGAACAAGGACAUUCAGACAGUCCUCUUCUCCGCCACCUUCCCGCCCAACGUCAUCGGUUUCGCUAAGCGCUUCGCACCGAACGCGAACACGCUUACUUUAGCUCACGAAGAGUUGACCAUUGAGGGUAUCAAGCAACUUUACAUCGAUAUUGACAAGGACAACGACAAGUACGCCACAUUGCUCAAGUUCUAUGGUCUGAUGACACAAGCAUCUUCCAUCAUUUUCGUCAGGACCCGAAGGACGGCUGAGGAGCUCGAGCAGCGCAUGGUCGCUGAAGGCCACAAGGUCGCACAAUUGAGUGGUGCACUCGAAGGUGCUGACCGUGAUCGCGUUAUCGACCAGUUCCGCUCCGGAGAGGCCAAGGUGCUCAUCACCACCAACGUCCUUGCUCGUGGUAUCGACGUGCAGUCCGUCACCAUGGUCAUCAACUACGACGUUCCAACCAUGGCAAACGGAAGGGAUGCAGACCCCGAGACAUACCUCCACCGUAUUGGUCGUACCGGUCGUUUCGGACGUGUCGGUGUCGCCCUCACCUUUGUCCACGAUAAGGACAGCUGGUCGCAGCUGAACUUCAUCGCAAACUAUUUCAAGACCGAUCUACACCCUAUCGACACAUCGGACUGGGACGCUGUGGAGGAUAUGAUUCAAAAGAUCAUCAAGUCAUCACGAGCGGGUAAGACCACAGAGGAGAUGACGAAGGCGAUCACUGGAUAG